GGGGAAGAGAUAGAUGGCCGUAAUAACAGUAACCUAAUGUUGUUUUCGAGUACUGUAUAUAGAACUAGAGAAGAUCUUGAAUGGCAACCUGUGUUUUCGUCUUGCCUUGAUAGGCUGGAGAAAACUUGGAUGAGAUCGUCUGGUGCGUUGGGAACAUGGAUCUCGGACUUUCGUUGAGUUUUGGCUGUACCGUCACGGAAGCGCAGCAGGCUGACCAACUGAACGUGAUGGUGAUAGAAAAUAUAAAAGAGGAGGAAUAUGACCAUAUGAUUGCAUGUCAGGAUGAUGAAGAAAUGCUUUCAGAUUUUCAUUGUAAAACUGAAACAGACGUCACAGAGUCCAACGAUAGUGACAAUGAAACGCAACAGACAAUAGCGGAGAUUGAAGUGAAGAUUGAAGAAGAAGAUGAUGAUGAAGAAAAAAAUGAUUACCUGCUGCAAAGUAUAUCAGAACGUCCUCAACAGAUGAUCCAUGGACAGAACGAUGAACUCAGUGGAGGUCUCCACCACUGCACCGUCUGCAGGGAGAGUUUCACAGCCCUGAGAGAACUUGAGAAACACCAGCAAACACACUCUGUUGAAUGCAGGAAUGAAAAGCAGAACUCUAGCGACAAAACGCAGCACGAAUGUGUCCAGUGCGGAAAAACGGUCUCAAGCGCGUUGUCUCUUAAAAGACAUAUGUUGACUCACACCGGGGCGAGGCCUCAUAAAUGUGUCUUCUGUGAAAGAGCCUUUUCGCAAAGUGGAACUCUUAAAACCCACAUGUUGUUACACACGGGGGAGAAGCCUCAUAAAUGUGACCAGUGCGGCAAAUUAUUCUCAAAAUUGUCACAUCUUAAUGUUCAUAUUUUAUCUCACACUGGAGAGAAGCCUCAUAAGUGCGUAGAGUGUGGGAAAACGUUUUUGCUAGUUUCACAUCUUAAAACCCAUCUGAGAACUCACACUGGAGAGAAGCCUCAUGAAUGUCUCCAGUGUGGAAAAACUUUUGCACAAAUGUCGACUCUUAAAAACCACCUCACAACUCAUAGUGAAGAGAGACCUCAUAAAUGUGCCCAGUGUGGGAAAGGAUUUUCUAUGAUUUCACAUCUUAAAAGCCACAUGCGAAUACACACUGGAGAGAAGCCUCAUGAAUGUAGCCAGUGUGGAAAAGCUUUUUCACAAUCUCAACAACUUAAAACCCAUUUGCGAAUACACACUGGAGAGAGGCCUUAUAAAUGUGACUAUUGUGAAAAAACAUUUUCGACAUGCUUGUCUCGCAACUCCCAUAUUUUAACUCACACUGGAGAGAAGCCUUAUGCAUGUAUCCAUUGUGGGAAAAAGUUCUCACAAAUAUCAGGUCUUAAAACCCAUCUGGUAAUUCACAGUGUAGAGAAGCCUCAUAAAUGUGCUCAGUGUGAAAGGGCUUUUUCACAGUUUCAGCAUCUGAAAAUUCACAUGCGCACACACACCGGAGAGAAGCCUCAUAAAUGUGUCCAGUGCGGAAAAGCCUUUGCACACCCCUCAAAUCUUAAAGCCCACAUGCUAACUCACACCGGAGAGAGGCCUCAUGAAUGUGUCCAGUGUGGGAAAGCGUUUCUUGUAAUUUCACAUCUUAAAGUCCACAUGAUGACACAUACUGGAGAGGCGCCUCAUAAAUGUGUCCAGUGCGGAAAAGCUUACGCACACAUUUCAUCACUUAAAGUUCACAUGACGACACACACUGGAGAGAAGCCUCAUGAAUGUGCCCAGUGUGGAAAAGCUUUUAAACAGGUGUCAAAUCUCAAAAGCCACAUGCUAACACACACUGGAGAGAAGCCUCAUAAAUGUGCCCAGUGUGGAAAAGCUUUUGCUAGAGCCUCACACCUUAAACAGCACAUGCUUACACACAUAAAUGCAUCCAGGACGGAAUCUUUUUCUAUCUUAAAACCCACAUGCUAACACACACUGGCGUGGAGCCACAACUGUAACACAGUCAAUCUGGAUGUACUCAUGUCAUGGGCCGUCUCUGAAUGUGUAUCACUAUGGAAUGGGCCAUCAGACAUGUGUGAUGUUUUGGCGCUCUAUAAGUAGAAGUAAAUACUGCUACCGAUGGUACCAGUGGUUAUGGUGCAGCUCUGCCACUGCAACUGGUUUGUGGAGAGACUGAGAGGCUCUGUUCUAUGUGACAAAUUCUAUUCUAUUUGUUGUGCAAAAUAAUGAUUUCACAGUAAGUUUAAAAGAUGAACAGAAACAACGAAUAAAGCAUUUU